AUGAAUUUCCACGAACAUUAUUCAGAACUUCUUAAAAAAUUACCUCCUUCCAUAAAAAAGAAUAUAUGGAAUCGACUUAUUUCUAGAGUACAUAAUCCUUUGUCAGAAGAACAGGCAAGUAGUAUUCAUCCUGAUAUUGAAAUAUUGUUAAUUAAUGAAAUUGAUAAAUAUACAAAGAAAAAAAAUCUACAGCGUCGCACUAAAUCAAUCUUAGAUCAAACCGAGAUUAAUUCGAGAUCGAACUUAGAUCAUCCUAGAUUGAACUUAGAGCAAACCGAGACUAAUCUUGGGCCGAGCUUACAAAUAAUCAAUUCUGAAGAUGAAAUCAAUGCUCGAGUUAAAGAAGCUACAGAGGCAAUGCAUCAAAGAAGCUGA